AUGUAUAACCAGGGCAAGAUCAUGAGGAGGCUGCUGGGCCGAUCCAAUGAGUCCAACGAUACGAACCUCGGCGUCACGAGCUCGCCCAUCUCGCAGUCCUAUCGACCCAAUGCAUCGCAGGAUGCUAUACAUCACACGGGUGUGCCCAUUUCAUGCAUAGACAGGUCAAGCGACGGUCAAUAUGCUGUGAUUGGCGGCCGACAUAUCCUCAAGACGGUCAAGUUCGAUGGGUUGAAUAUCAAGGAAAAGGACGGAAUCGAUAUCCGCGCAAUCAUCACUGCCCAGCAAAUAAACCAGCCGAAUUCUGCCUCAAGUACAUCAGAUCAAUUGUCCAUCAAGGACGUCAAAUGGGCCACCAACGAAAGUGGAAAGUCCACCAUCUUCACUGCUUGUGCCAACGGCAAGAUAUUCCAGUACGAUGUCAGCCGCCUGGGAUCAGCAUCCGCUGGGGGAAACGGGCUAGAGUUCAUUCAGAUGCGCGAGGACUCGCGCCAAGUCAACAAGCUCGAUAUCAAUCCCCACAAGAACACUCUGCUCCUGUCCGGCAGUCAAGACGGAAUAGUUCGUGUCUUUGACAUUAGGGCGCCUGUGCCUAACCAGACUGGCCGGUCAACCUUUCGCAACAUACAGGCCUAUAGAUGCAACGCCGAGGGUGUACGAGAUGUCAAGUGGUCACCCAAGGAAGGUGUGAUAUUUGCUUGCGCCACUGAAUCUGGCGCAAUCCUCAAAUGGGAUAUCCGGACCCCCAAGGCACCUCUGCUGAGGAUAAAUGCUCACGAUGCACAGAAAGGAGCUUCUUCCAUCUCCUGGCAUCCAGACGGAGAUCACUUGAUCAGUGGCGGACUUGACAGUAAAUGCCAUGUCUGGGACAUGUCCAAAAAUGCCGACAAGAAGCAAAAGCCAAAGUGGACCAUCUCGACUCCAGCACCAGUCACAGUUGUGUCCUGGCGCCCGGGACUGUGGUCUGCUACGGCCCAGGGUAAACGUGCUGCUCAAGUCGCCGUGUCAUAUGAAGAUGGCUCCACUCGUAAGCAAUAUGGUAUCAACUCGGUGCACAUAUGGGAUCUGGCCCGGCCAACGAUGCCAUUCAAAGAGAUUGACCGAUUCGAUAGCUCGCCUAAUGCGCUGCUGUGGCAUGACCAGGAUCUCUUGUGGACUGGUGGCUCAGAUGGGCUUUUCACCCAAUGUGAUGUUGCCUUUGCCCCCAAAGUCAUCGACCGGCAGUCAUCAUCAAGCCUUGACUUUUCUCCACGUGGUGACGUGCUCAUGUUUCUCGAAGAGCGGCCACCGCCGCCACGACCAAGACCAACAAUAGUUGCCCCAGAACUGGCGCCAACUUCAUCCCAUAGCUCCAAUUCAACGACGCAGAUGUUAAGCAUCAGCCGCAGUGACUCAGAAGACGAUGUUGUCGGAAGCUUCUUAGGUCCUAGGCGACGUGCUGGGAGGCGACGGCGACCGAGCACCCGUGCGUCACACACAUUCAGUACUACACCGCCGUCCGGUCAUGGCAUGGAAGAAUCCGUACUAUCACUCGAACAAGCGAUAAGUGUCACUGGCACCUUCAAACCGCAGCAGGUGAUGGCUAUUGGCCAUGUUCCUGCUGCAGCCAAGGCAAAUGUAUACCACUUUCUCUCUGUUCAAUACCUGGAAACUCUGGAAAAGGAGCUUCCACUCGGCGCAGGCGCGAAGCCCUUGAAUGAAAGAAUUGCAGGCAUCAUGGAGCACUAUGCCAGGUCUGCAGAGAUCGUCAGUCAAUAUCGGCUGGCUCAGACUUGGCGUAUCCUCUCUUACGCCAUGAAUCUGCUUCUUGCUAGAAGAGCCCAAUAUCACCUCGAGCUACGGACGAAUCGAAGGAAAAAUCCCAAGUCGCCCGUUUGGAAGAACCAAGGUAACUCGGCAAAUCUUUUGGGAAUGGAACGCUUCGGGCAGUCACAACGAGGCGAGCAAGGGACACCUAGGAAACCUGCCUCGAUUAUUUCAGUAGAAAGUCGCCUAACUCCUGCGAGAUCCCUUUUGGCCGAGGAGUUUGAUACCGAGUCAAAUCUACCCACACCUCUGGCACGCCCGGUGGAGGAUGCCGGCAAAUCACUUGCGCCGGUUCAAGAGAUAGCCAGCUUUGCACUGCCCCCAGCUGUCCAUCAGGAACGGCCGUGUCUCCGGCCAAGGCUUGAUUCCGCGCCCCUUUCUGUCAUGAGUCAAGAUAGCCAGAUUUCUAGUACAGACGGUUAUGACUUCUAUGAUCUCUUAGCGGUCGAUGCGCUCCCAAUGGCCAUUGAGGUACCCAAAAAGAAAGAACCCUUCUCUCUGGCUUAUGUAGGACCGCGGACACCAAGUAAAGCGGUUAUGGCUCGGCAUGAUUCGGAUGAGAGCUUUGUGCAGAUGUUCUCCCUUUCUGAUGGCACUCGGUUCGUCUCCAACGGGAGUCAGCCAACGACCGACACUACUGGCUCAUUUGCCAGUCAAAGUCAAGCUAUACGCCAUAAUAGUGUGCGCGUGAGCACCAGUGGAACUUCAGAAGAUGAAUUUGGAAGCCGCGUUAGGGGUUAUCAGAUCCAAGAAACGCCACAGGGGAGACGGCAACACAUGCCUCAGGUUCCUGAAGGGGAAGACACGGAGAGUUUAGAGGAGAUCUUCAUGAUAUCUCAGACUACUGCCGACACCGGUGACAGUGAGUACUCGCAAGAGAAUUCUCAGGAACCGUCCCACGACUACUCACCAAAACAUGUAACACACGCUAGACCCCUUCUUGAAGUUACUCGUGCUCCUUCAUCACGCAAGACUUCGAAUGAGCGUAUCGCCUUGGGACACCCGGAGGAAGAGACGUCACCCGAGAUUACAGAAACGGAUUUCAUGCCAUGGCCCGACGAUCCUCCUUAUCCACAUCCCCUCUCAUCAGAGAUGGAUGCGAAAGUUAGUACACCGCCGUCUAAACCGUACAAUCUUUUAUUACGAGCCAUAGAGUUCGAGACGAAGCGUUCAUCCCUUAAUGCUUCAGCUAUGAUCCUUCUCCUGAAGCCGUUACUCCCCGACGACAUGAUCGAUACUCUUCAGGCUGCCGCCGUCCUGCGACAGUAUCAUAACCGUCUGAUGGGUCAGAAGUUCUUCAUUGAAGCCGCGCUGCUUCGAAACUUAUGUGUUCGAGACUGGCCGGAGGGCAUUGAUAUUUGGGGUGAGAAUUACACGUCGGUUUUCACCCAGGCACAAGAACGCGUGUCAGUUGGUUUCACGUGUCCACAAUGCAAGAACCCACGCGAGGUCGAUCGCUCAAAGGCAGAUGGCCUUGGCGUCUGGCAGUGUGAGCGCUGUCGCUACAUCAUGGCGCCUUGUGCUAUAUGCAAGCAUCGCGACGCAACCCCAGCCUCGCUACCGUCCGUCCCUGUUGCGGAUGGGAUUGCUAGAGCAUCGUCUCAAAGUGAACCCAUCUUGUCAUCAUGGUGGUAUUGCCCCGGAUGCUCCCAUGGUGGACACGCGACGUGUCUACAAGGCUGGCAUGCGCCUAUCGCACCUAGCAGGUCGAAUAGCGGUUCAUCAGUCGGGGGUUCUCCAACUGUGCACGACGGGCAGUUCCCCGACACGUACAGCGAUGGGUGCUGUCCCCUUGAUGGAUGUGGCCACGCUUGCCUCCCGGGUAAGUGGCGGGACGAGACCAACACUGCACGCACGGAGGAGUUGGGUCGAGCUGUCCGAGAACAGACGCGAGUAUCUAUUUCUUCUUUCAAGGCAAACGAACGGGUUAUCAGCAACUUAGACGGCUCCACGGCUUCGGGGUCGGCCCCGCUGAUCAUCGGGGGCGUGAAGAGUGAUGCACUUGAAGUUCCUCAAAGUGGAGCUGUCGAAUGGGUUAGAGAAGCACUGGCUAAUCCGAAAGGGACGGGCAGUGGCACCGAAGGCGGUAAAAUAGAGAAAACGGAACGAGAGCGCAGGAAGAGCGUCAAAUUCGCUGGGGCUACUGAGGAGAGGCGUUAGAGACGGCCGCGCCCUGCAGUAGACAUUAGCAGCGACACACAGUCAGGCUCAUCUUCGUUGACCUCAGAUGGCAUGAAGAAGUCAUCGAGAGGUCAGCGGAAGCGUGUCAGGUUUUCGGAAGAGACCGAAAGGGGCGCAGAGGAGCCGAGACGUUAGAUGCGAUGGUUUUCCCCCUCAUGGGACUGGUCUUCGAGCCUGUCUUCACGCUCUUCACGAGGUUCUGCUUAGAUAAGAUGUCCUUUCUUUGACAUGGGCGCUCAACACGACUCAUGAUGGCCUCUACCGAAGGCGGUUUUAGGUUGCUGUGGUGUUGAUAAGGGGACGGCCGACAGCGGAGCUCUACCCCACAGCGGCGAGUUGGGCUGGCUUAGCCGGGGUUCGGCUUAUCGGCCAUAGCUCCACAAGGCUAGAGAGGGUUUCCGAAUGACUGCAUAUCCGAUG